AUCACUACUCUUCAUAUUCCUGAGAAGGUGCAAGAUCUGUCAGGCACAGUGGCACACGCCUAUAAUCCCAGCUACCCAGGAGGCUGAGUUCUCUCUGUGCUUAUAUGUGAGAGAUUCCUUGGAAUACCUGCCUAUGAAUGAAAUUGCUGGAUCAAAAGGAAUUUCUUCACAUGGCUGCUGAGGAAGUGACCAUUACAGUGCGCCUCAUUCGUUCAUUUGAGCACCGCAAUUUCAAGCCCGUAGUGUAUCAUGGAGUUAAUUUGGACCAAACCGUAAGGGAAUUUAUAGUAUUUCUAAAGCAAGAUGUCCCUUUGAGGACCAGCCUACCACCACCAUUCAGAAAUUAUAAAUAUGAUAAACUGAAGAUUAUUCACCAAGCACAUAAAUCAAAGACCAAUGAACUGGUGUUGAGUUUGGAGGAUGACGACAGACUCCUGCUGAAAGAAGACAGCACUCUGAAAGCAGCAGGGAUCGCCAGUGAAACAGAAAUUGCAUUCUUCUGUGAAGAAGAUUAUAAGAACUACAAAGCUAAUCCCGUUUCAUCCUGGUGAAAACGGCCCGCCUCGGGGCUUCCUCUUUGCAUACCUGUAUUAAGCUCUUUAUUCCACUAGUGAGUUUUUGAAAUUGACAAAUAAAUCUUUAAA